GUAUUCACUUGUGCCGGUAUCUUCUUGUUAAGAUUGAAAUCAUGAAUCAAUACAAAACACUGCGUGAUGAGUUGUUAUCUAGGUUCAUACCGGUACAACUCGGCAUCUACGGUUAAAAAUGUUGUGUGUUUGCAAAACAGAUAACGCUUGUAUCAUUUGAUACUGCAAAAAAUACGUAAAAAACGUAAUAACUUGAAUAUGUGAGUAUACAAAACGAAUGUGAGAUUGAAAAUACAAAACAUUGCGUAAUGAGUUGUUAUCUAGGUUCAUACCGGUACAACUCGGCAUCUACGGUUAAAAAAGUCGGUACAACUCGGAAUGGAUUUGAAGGCAUCUACGGUUAAAAAAGUUGUAAAUGAGAAACAAGUUUUGUAUCGUGAUGCAAGUUUAUACACUAAAUUGGCAGAGUAUAUCUAGUAUUAUUUGUUACAGUUGGUUACAAUAACAUUUUAUGAUAGUAUGUGAGUUUGCAAAACAGAUAGCGCUAGUAUUAUAUGAUACUGCAAAAAAAAAAAAGAAAUUAAAAAAAAAAAAAAAAAGAUAAUGGUGGUAUAAGAGGCUGCAAAACGUACUAACGUGAAUACUAGAAACGAAUUAAUGCGAGUAUGUUAGAUUGAAAAACUAAUAACUCUGGUACGUUAGACUGCAAAACGAAAUUAAGCGUUUCUGGAGACAUGUGGUAGUUCAGAAGAUAAGGUUGAUACUAGUAGAGAAUGAGACCUGUAGUUUGUCACAUUGUCAUUACUUAUAAACCGUCGACCUUCUAUAAGCCAGGGGCAUACUAGAAAUUAGGCAAUAAUAGGAGAUGACACGUUCUAACUUUUAAAGAAGUGUAAAAGUGCUUGAAAGGCGUUUUAGCAUGUUUUAUAUUGUAAAAAAUACGUGUAUAUAAAAGAAAUAGUUGAAUUUACCUUAUUAUAACUUUUAAUUAUGCUAGCUUUCCUCUAAAUUUGUGAUAUUAUGUAGAUUGUUCAAGUUUACCUAAUUUCAUUAAGCCACCUUAUAUGAGAUGAAUGCAACGCUUCUGCGCAUUAUCAUCGUAAGCUGUGUUAUACUAAGAAUUACUAAUUUUCUCAGAAACUUGUAUUAGAAAGGUGUGUUCCACGGAAACAAUUGUCAUAAAUAUUGCUUUUCUGAGAUAGGUGCUACAUCGCUAAUGUUACUAAACAAAUAUCCAUAUAUCCUUUCCGCACCUGUAACGAAAUAAAAAUUCAUUUUGAAAGUAUUUCUGAAAUGUCUAGGUCUACAGCUCUCAAAUACGGAAACAUCUUACAUCCGAGGCAUAUACUCACCCUUUCAGACAACAUCAAAAAGGACCUUUUGAACGAUUUGACGAAGUUCCAAAAAUCUCCAUAUACCCUUGCUCCGUUACGGAUCCCUGUGGGUUCGUAGAUGAAAAGCUGACAUGUCGUGCUUAAGUGUGUCUGUAGAGCUGCAUUCAUAAUUAAAUGGCACAAUCAGUUUUUAGUGGCUGUACACUAAUAUUUAUACUGUGUUUAGCUAUGCAUGUAUACAGUGUAUACUACUUUAAGUCUAGUGGAUUGUACUGUCAAUACAUAUAAACAUUUUAAUUUUAUAUUCAUAUAUACUAUAUGUAGUAACUGUGCAUGUUUUCGUAUACGAAAUUUGAAUCUAAUAUCUUUAAGAGUUAUACAAGUUGGAAUUUUCAUUAUCGAUGAACAGGAGUGUUGUUCGCUGCAAGCAAAAGUGAUUUACUUGUAAUAGUCGCACGUUUAUACUUCAAAGUAAAUUUUAAUUAAUUUUUGAUGUUUCGCAAAACUUUUAUCCAAAGGCAUUCAAAAUAAACAAGUCACUACAAUUUAAUUAACAUAUACCUGUCUGAAAUAUAGCAGUACAUAAUAAGGCAAUAGCACGAUUUAAUUUCAGGAAAUUUAUUGUUUUGCUGACAAUAACGGGAAUAUCUGGGACUUUUACGGUAGAAUCAUGUUCUUGAAAAUGCGAUUGGUAGAGUUUAUAACUGUGUUGCUGCUCGUUUUUUCGUGUGAAGGGAAAAAGAAGGAAAAGAAAUCUUUGAACGUUCUGACAUAUAACGUAUGGUUUACCGAGUCUGACAUAGAGGCCAUUACAACGAAAAAAGCAAGGAAGAAGAAAAUUAUCAGCGCACUGAAGAAAUCGGACGCUGAUUUAGUUUGUCUGCAAGAGGUUUUUACUGCACAAGAUGUAGAAGAUAUAGUUGACGGCGUCCAGAAGAACUUUCCUUAUUCAUUCAGUGGCGUACAUAAGGCUGUUAAUAAGUUGCCGCCACAGAAGCUAGGAAAAAGACGACCACCCUGUGAUUAUACAAGACUCUCGAACUAUAUAGCAUGUGCCACGAGUAACGGCUGCACCGUCACCACGGACAUCAACAGUAUUACGGCAUGUGUACUUUCUAAUUGUCUGCCAGAAGUUCAAAAUAUAUUUCUAAAUGAUAAUCAAGCAUGUCGCAACUGCAUAACUACUUCAAGUUUCAAUAUCGCCCAGUGUGCUGCAGAGAAACCCGUCGUCGGUGGUCGGCAAAUGAAUGAAGGAUGCCUUGUCCUACUGUCCAAGAAGAAGCUUCGUGACGCGUCUUUCAACGAGUAUUACCCCAAAACGAGAGUAUCCUUCACAAGGGGAUACAUUGAAGCAGAGGUUGAGGACAUUGCAACUGUACGUUGCACACACUUGAGCACUUCAACCUUUCAGUUCUUCGAACCGGAACUUUCACAAGAAGGAUUUACGUCAUACGAUGAAAUGAAUGCAUAUGAAGCGAGAACGCUUAUAAAAAGUCUACGGGGAAUUCAACCAGCCAUUAUUAUGGGUGGUUUCAACUCGGGGCUUGCAUUUACGCCGAAGCUUGUCCAGCAAGUACCAGAAUCAUACCAGCAACUGUUGAAAAGAUUUACGACCAGACCAGCACUGCAGUUCACACACCGUAACCCACCAGACAGAAAAACGAAGAGCGUGAUUGAUCACGUGUUUGUCAAGAACCUUAUCAUACGUAAAACCAAGAGAGUGUUUGUUCCAAAAGAGGGAGAGGCUCCAAUGAGUGAUCACGUAGGUGUGCAGUCAGUGGUGAAGGCAGCACAGUAACUUGGAAUAGAUAUGGUUCAAACCAGAUUCCUUCUACGAGCUAUUGAGCCUCGAUUUUUGAAGAUCAGUAAAAAAUAAAGAUAUCAUUCCACAGGUUAACUUGUGUUUCUCGUUUGUUUUCAACUUUGCCGAAUAAAUUGGGCAAACGAUUCUACGAGUUUAACGUUACAUAGCAAUGUUGAUAUACUUAUUUAUUUCUCUAUCUUUGAUUUGUAGCUUUUUAAAAAUACUGUUGUAGGUAUCAUUUCUGUAAGCAGCGACGAAGAUACCAUAUAAAAAACUAAACCACAUAAAUCCGAUACUAUGAAAAGUGAAAUAUGCAACAUUUGACAAUAUUUCGAUUUUGAACAUUAAAUUGGCAAAAAUAAUAUGAAAUAAAACUACAAUAUAUGUUACAGACAUUUAGAUAUUAUCAAUCGUAAG